AUGGCAGUUUUUUCAACCCUCAAGGAGCUCGUGGAGUGCCUCACUGGCCCCUAUCUUUUCAUGGGAAUCGCUAUGCGUUUCCUUCCCGGCACCCUAUUCGAGGUUAUCAGGAACAAGGACUUCCGAACUUUGUUCUCGCCAUCCCGCUUCAAGGAUGUUUGGUUCGGCAACUUCUGGGCUUUCAUCGGACCGCAGGUAAAAGCCAACGCUGAGAACCGUGUCAUUCCAUUACUCGAAGGUCGUGUGAGAAAUGGACAUAUGGGAGACGAAGUUGUUGGAGAGCCUAUCGACGGUGUCGUUCUUGAGAUCGGUGCGGGGACCGGAAUGUGGGCGGAUGUGUUUGCCAAAGUCAACGUUGGAGUGAACAACCAAGGAGACGCGGAUGGAGAAUUGAGGCGAAGAAAAGGAGGCAACGGUUUGACUCGCGUAUAUGGCAUUGAGCCAAAUCCCAAGUCUGCGGCAACUCUGCGACGACGAGUGAAGGAGAUUGGCCUCGAUGAUAUCUAUGAGGUCGUCCCAGUGGGCAUUGAAUCCAUCAACGAUCCAGAGGCUUGGGAUGGGCGCAUUGAGCCAGAAAGUGUCGAUUGCAUCGUCACAAUUUUGUGUCUCUGCAGUAUUCCUGAGCCUGACAAGAACAUCAAGCUUCUGUAUCAGAGUCUCAAAAAAGGGGGCCGAUGGUAUGCCUAUGAGCAUGUGCGCAUCAAUGAGAACAGGGGCGUCCUCUUGCGUGCCUAUCAAUGGGUUACUGGUCUUGUGUGGUCACAAGUCAUGGGGUCGUGCCGCAUUUGCCGAUCGACAGGGAAAUCGUUAAGAGAAGCCGGACCAUGGGAGAAGAUUGACCUAGCACAGCCUGAAGGAGAGGCAAGAUUUGGCAUUCUUCCCCAUGUUGUUGGAACAUUAACCAAAUAAAUGGGUGUCCAUAGUAUUUCACGAUUUACCGGAACCAUGUCGCGGCUGGGAGUCAAAAUAUGAGUUAUGCAUUAUGGGUAUCAAAUCGGUGCGCCAACGCCCGUCACAGCUCGUCAUCAUCAUCGUCAUCUGAGAGGAAUAUCGAGGUUCUCAUACUCGACCCCUGAGCCUCCGUUUUGAUCUUCUUCUCGCCCGCCAUCUUGGUGUCAACG